AUGUUACAGAAGGCGAAACCCGUAAAUCAGCAGAUGGCACCAAUCCCAAGAUUUCGUCUCAAUCCGCCGCUCAGAGCUUUUGCCAAAUGUGGGAUCGAUUUCGCGGGACCAUUCGUCACGAAACAGAGUCGCUGCAGAGUUCGAACAAAACGCUAUCUUGCUGUGUUCACGUGUUUGCAAGUACAAGCGGCUCGUCUAGAGCCAGUUUACACGAUUGAUACGGACGGAUUCCUCAUGGCCUUAUCACGUAUGACCAGCAGAAGAUCCGUUCCCACAGAUGCAUUGACAGACAAUGGCAGCAACUUCGUCGCGGCAGAACGAGAACUCCGGGAGUUAGUCCGAGCCAUCGACUGGGACACCGUACAGAAGAAGACGAUUGGAUACCAGAACACUACAGGCAUCAGAUGGCACUUCAACCCUCCAGGUGCACCCCACUUCGGGGGUGUAUUCGAGAUAAUGGUGAAGGCAGCGAAACGUGCCUUCAAGAUGUCUAUUGGAGAAGCGGAGAUGAAUGAUGAAGAAUUCCAUACCUUCGUUGUGGAAGCUGAAGGGUUGUUAAAUUCCGCCCGCUGA